CGGGCCAAGGGUCACACUAUUUAGAGCUCCAGCUAGGAGAGUGCCUCGGAAUAAUUGUACAAAUUCGAAAACUCAAGUUCAACUCGAACUUCGCUCCAACUCCAUUCAUACCGCGUCUCGAAAUCCAUAACAUAAAUAGCAACACACAAAAAAAGAAAACAAACACCAAAGACAUUUCGACGGCUGCAAGGGAAAAACAACAACAGCAACAAGAAGAAGAAGGCGACGACGCGAGCGAAACACGGGACAAUGUGAAAGAGAGAGAGCGAGCGAGAGCAAAAGAGUGAAGAGCGCCGAGCGAGUGUCGCAGUCAAGUUUGUUUUUGUUGUUAGUGGUGUGAGUGAGUCAUGACGUUUUUGGACGGCGUAGAAAAAGCCAGUUAAUAGUCGUGCAUUGCAUAAAGCGGGAGCAGCCACCGGACAAGCAGCGGCCAGUGCACUGGACCAGGACGACCCGCCAGCAGCAGCAGUAGCAGCGGAAGCAGGAGCAAGGCGCUACACAGGAUUUGCAACAGCUGCGCCCCAUUAUAUUGCCCUUACAAACACACAGACACACGCACACACACAUCAUUCGAUAGCAGCGAGUGUCACACACAGAGACGCCCGCGCUGUCACAGUCACAGCGCACGCACGCACACUCACACACCACACCACACCACAGAGCUCUGCCUGUCGUCACAGUUGGCUAAAUUUCGGAAUUUGGUUUUCGUAUUUCCGACUUUGAAGCCAUUUUUUGAGAGCGGCGGAAGGCAAGGCAGCAGGGGAGCAGCAACAGUAGAAAACUUUCGCCACAACUCGAACGCAAAGCGUAGCAAACACAACCAUGGUUGACCGUUUGGUCAAUUCCGAGGCCAACACGCGACGCAUUGCGUCCGUGGAGAACUGCUUCGGCAGCUCCGGCGUCCCACUGGCCAUGCAGGGUCGCGUCCUCGUCGGCGAGGGCGUUCUAACCAAGAUGUGCCGCAAACGACCCAAAUCCCGUCAGUUCUUUCUCUUCAACGACAUUCUCGUCUAUGGCAACAUUGUGAUUGGCAAGAAGAAGUACAACAAGCAGCACAUUAUGCCGCUGGAGGAGGUAUCGCUGGAGUCGAUAGCCGAUAAUCAGCAGUACCGCAACGGCUGGUACAUACGCACCACCACCAAAUCGUUUGUGGUCUAUGCCGCCACCAGUACCGAGAAGCAGGAAUGGAUGGCCCAUAUCAACAAGUGUGUGGAGGAUCUAUUGCGCAAGAGCGGCAAGAAGCCGGUGGAGAAUCACGCCGCUGUCUGGGUACCCGACACCGAUGCCAGCAUCUGUAUGCACUGCAAGAAGACCCAGUUCACCUUUAUCCAGCGUCGGCAUCAUUGUCGCAACUGCGGAGCCGUUGUCUGUGCCGGCUGCUCGGCCAAGAAGUUCUUACUGCCCCAGCAGAGCACCAAGGCGUUGCGCGUCUGUGAUGCCUGCUACGAGCGCCUGACACAUGUGCCGCCCAGCUCGGCUGCUGGCAGCGGUGGUGUUGGUGCCUCUACCGGCGCUGGCGCUGGCGAUAACAAGCUCAACACAACGACGACGACUACUGGGGAUAGUUCCAACGAUGAGGACUCCGAUGAGGAGACCGCCUCACCCGGCGGCGAGUCGCAUGACGAGCCACGAUUCUAUGGCGACAAUAGUGUGCUUUCCGCGGCCGAUGACUCCUCAACGGCGCUUGCCUCGCCCUACUCCACCACCAGUGUGCCGACUGUGAGUUCAUCGCUGGAUCAGUGCGUCCAGAGCUCGCCCGCUGUCACCACGCCCUCGAGUCUCUGCUGAGCGGGCUGAAUUGAUAUGAAUGCAAGAAGAACAACGUAAACGAUGCGAGGAGGAGGAGAUCAAGGAGAUACGCAAGAUGACGGUCUUCAAGGCGCGUCCGAAUCCAUUCAAGUAGUGCUCGAGAGAUGGUCAACCCCAAAAUUCUUUAUAUAUAUAUACAUACACAUAUUAUUACUUAUUACUUUUGUCCAAAAUUAGAAUGAUGUGAAAGCGUUGCAUAGUUGUACAAUGAUUAA